AUGUGGCCAAAGCUGUCUAGACCUGGGCACGUGCCGACCGCGAUUGGCGGUUGGAAAAUGCGAAGAUUCUUCGCCGGGUUUCGGCAUCCGACCAAGGUCCCCCCUUGGCCCCGGUACGCGAGGUGCGAGGAGCUCCUGGCGGAAAACAAGCGCCGGGUCGCCGAGGCCGAAGCCUCAAGUCCAUUGCGCAGCCGACGUGAUGCUACCGAAAGGGAGAUGGAGGCAGUGCAGCAAAGCAUCGAGAAGCUCUCUGCAAAGAAGAGCGCCACUGCUGCUGACAUUGAGGAGCAGCGACGAGCAGAGGAUGCCAGCAAGUCGCGGGAGGCUGCGAGCUGCGGAGAAUUGUCCCAGGCCAUGAAGGCGCGGCAAGAUUUGGCAUUGGCACUAAGUGGUGCGGAGGAAAGACAAGCUGCGUUGGAGAAACAAACCCGCUCAAUGGUCAGCCGCGACGUCCUCACCAGCGCGGUGGAGGAGGCGGAGCGGCUCCAGGAGCAGCUGCUGACUCAAGAGGCCGAGGCCGCGCGGCUUCGGCAGGCCCUGGCCGACUCCUGGGCCGCACGGGUCCUCGAGCCCAUCGAAGGCCUGGACGAAGGUCCGGAGGCGAAGGAAGCAGAAAACCUCGAAAAGGACGAGUCCCGAAAGGAGGAGCUCGACUGGCUGGCAGAAGUCCAGAAAGAGGCCAACUCUGAGUUUCUCCGUCUGCAACAGCUGGAGAAAACGGAGGCCUCUCUGAGUGCUCGCCUGAAGCAAGUUUCCGAGGAGAAAGCCGAGCUCCAGUCCGCGCGUGUGGAUUUUGAGGAUGCAGGCAGCGCGCUGCGUGAAGCUAUCGCAUCGCAGUCCGAGGGCUUCAUACGACGCGUUGGGGGCCUCGAAAAUGCACGGCGAACGGCAGACCAGGACCGGGUAAAGCUGAUCCAGGAGUGUGCCGACAUGCAGGCUCGCUUGGAUGCUCUGGCGCCGGAGCUCGAGGGCCUCGAUGACGUAGAGGGGCGGCACGCUGGGCUUCAGGCGGCACAAAAGGUGCUGAGCCAGCAGAGUGAGCGGCUCCGGGACAUGAAUGCUGCGUUAGGAGUACAGCUCUUAGCCGACAAGGGCGGCCUCGAUGCAGGCAACAUGGAGCCUGUGGCCGAGGCCGUCUUUCGUGCUGUGCAGCUCCAGCAGAAACUUCAAAAGAGGCUUCUGGAGCAGGACAAGGAGAGAGAGGAUCUCAGUUCCAGAAUUCGGGACUUAGAGCGUGGUGGGAUCCACCAGUACGAGCGGCCGCCGGAGACAGGCAAAGCGUUGCCUUCCGGGCCACCCGGAACACUGACUGCCCUGAGGGGUGGACUCGGCCGAAUAUUGAACAAGGUCUGA